AUGACCAGACUGCCACAAGAGCUCGAAGAGAGUCAACAUGAGUUUGGAUCAAAGCUAGUUGUUAUCAUGGUGGGGUUGCCCGCGCGAGGCAAGAGCUAUUUGGUCAAGAAGCUGCAGCGCUAUCUGACGUGGCUGCAGUACGACACCAAGCUUUUGGCAUGGGAAAACUGGGCCAACGAAAGGCUAGAGGUCAAGUGGCGCCCCAUGGAUCGGAUUGGACUGAACAGGACAGGAGUACAACAAGCAAGAACAGCAACAUCCUUUGUGUUCAAUGUUGGUAAUCGACGCAGAAUCGCAUCGAAGGGCGACAACAGGAAUGGGACUAGUCACUCGCACGCCUUUUUCGAUCCCAAGAACAAGGCGGCGAAGGAGAUUCGAGAUGAGCUAGCACUUGAGAGUCUGGAGGAACUGAUUGCAUGGCUCAAGCAAGGAGGGCGCGUCGGUAUUCAUGUGUUGUUCAUUGAGUCAAUAUGUACGGAUCCUGUCGUCUUGGCCCAUAAUCUUACCAUGAAGCUGAGCUCACCGGAUUACAAGGAUAUGGAUGAGAGGCAAGCCAGGGAAGACUUUAGAAAGCGACUUGAAAACUAUGAGCGUGCCUACCAGACUCUGGGCGAGGAUGAUGAAGAGGACGGAAUCCAGUACUGCAAGCUUAUCAAUGUCGGCAAAAAGGUCAUUGCAUAUAACAUCCAAGGAUAUUUGGCGGGACAAUGUAUCUUUUACUUGAUGAACUUUAACCUGUCACCACGGUGCAUCUGGUUAACACGCCAUGGCGAAAGUGUCGAUAAUAUCGUCGGAAAGAUUGGUGGCGAUGCACCAUUGUCUGCACGAGGAAGGAGAUAUGGUGACUGUCUAUCGCGGUUUAUCAAACAUCAAAGGCAGGAGAACGAAAAGUCACGGAGGGUUGAGGCCGAUGCAGGGAUGGCGAUAUCUCCACAUCGCGAGCGGACUGUCGCUGUGUGGACGAGUAUGCUGACACGGACCAAGGAGACUGUCGAACGUUUUGACCCCAAGGAGUACGACAUUAAACACAUUCGAUUCCUCAAUGAGAUCUAUGCCGGCAUAUGCGAAGGACUAUCGUACACUCAAAUUGAGAAGGAGUAUCCUGAGGAGUUUGAGGCACGGAGAGUGAGCAAGUUAUUCUACCGUUAUCCAGGGAUGGGAGGAGAGUCGUACCUGGAUGUGAUUCAGAGACUGAACCCGUUGAUUAUUGAACUGGAGAGGAUGACAUCUGACGUGUUGAUUGUGACGCACCGGGUGGUGCUCCGUAUUCUGCUGGGAUACUUGAUGGACAUUGACCGGUCCAAGAUGCCAGAGAUGGAUGUUCAUUUGCACACGUUGUACUGUGUUGAGCCCAAGCCCCAUGGAACGGUUGUUAAGACGUACCGGUGGGACGAGGGACUUGAUUGGUUUGUGGAAGCGCCUGUCGAUAAGUAA